ACUAUCCUACCCAGGGAGGUCCAGGCUUGGGUGCAGGCGCGCCACCCUGAGAGUGGUGAGGAGGCGGUGGCCCUGGUGGAGGACUGGCACCGAGAGGUCCAGGCUGCGGGACAGAGGGUGAGGCGGCGGGGCUAUGACUAGAUUAAUCAUUGCUAAAACCACAGUAAUAGUAAUAGUUGUUGUUAUCAUCGACCAACUGACAUAUUUAUUGAGCACUGCUGUGUAACAGACACUGUCUUCUGUGCUUUCCACCUAAUCCUGUUUAAUGAGAUGGAUACCGUUAUCCUGAUUUUACCAAUGAGGAAACUGAGGCAGAGAAAAACAGGUAGUUGGCUCAAGGUCACAUGGCAUUAGACGGUAGAGCCAGGAUGUGAAUUCAGGCAGGCUGACACUGAAGCCAGCAUUCAGAACCACUGCCUAAACUGCCUUUCAGGACCAUAUUCACGGUGCAGUUGAUUUGUAUUGUGUUUCACACGUGACAAAGCCUUUUUACAUACGUGAUCUCUUUGGGUGCUUAAGGCAGUAAGGUAGGUAGGUAGACAGAAGUAGCAUUAUCCUCCUCAUUGUAUAGACUAAACUAAGGCCCAAAAAGUCAGGUGGCUCACAAAGCGCAGUCAGUCCAAACCAGAGCCUAAAUCCAGAUCCUGAGGUUCCAAAUUCAUUGUUCUUUCUGUACACGACAGAUGCCUCAUGUGCAAGCCAUGGGAAUUAAAAUACCUCUGAGGCAUGAGGCUCAAAUGAGAUAGUAACUGACAUUUCUUGAGCACUCACUGUGUGUCAGACACCGUUCUAACCUUUCUGUAUGUAUUGCUCAUCUAAUCAGCACAGCUGCCCGAUGAGGUAGGUACUGUUACGUCACUGGUUUUCCAGUGGGUAAACAGAGACUCAGAGGUAAGUGACAUGUGUAGAUUCAUAUAACUUAAGUGGUAGAGCCAAGAUAAGGGAAGUGAAAGCAUCGUGGAUUUAACACUCAUAGUUUCAACAAUUUGCAAGAGACUGAAGGCCCAUGAUAUCAUUUAUAGUUUUUCUAGGGCACGACUUUUGAAUCCUGCUUUUGGAGCUGGCAUAUGUAGAGCAAGUACUUGAACUGGCUGCGGGCUGAGCCAGCCACCCAGAACCUCCAUCUCAACAUACCCCUGUUCCUUCCCCUUGUUACACGGAAUUGGCCUUGUGUGCAGAAGAGACUGGGUCUUUAAAGGCAAUGCAGGAAUCUCAGCACUGUCCACUGCAGCCAGUGAAUCACUGGCCUGAGGGACAGUCCCAGAAGCAGUGGGUGAAGAACUCAUGCCCUGACCUUCCCGAGCAUCUAGACACCAAGAUAGUGCCACACCCCUUGAAAGAAAGUGCUGUCCUCACUCCCCGAGUCCCUACUCUCCCAAAGAUGGGGAGUGUUGGAGAUUGGGAGGUGACUGCUGAGUCCCAGGAAGCCCUGGGCCCCAGCAAACACGCUGAGAAGGAGUUCUGCGAGGACCCCCCAGGAGACAGCUGUGGGAACGGCGUGUCCCUGGGGGCUCCAGUUUCCAAACCAGGUAUCAACUGCCAGCGAGAGCAAGGGCCAGGAUUUUGGCGUCCGAGCUUUAUCAAUUCUGGAAAGAGGAACACUGCAGAUUACACCUUGGAUAAUGAGCAAACAAAACCAGCCCAGGCAUCGGCCUGGAGAGAGUCCAGGGCCUGGGAGGAACAACACCAAUGGGACACGGAGGAUAUGAAGGUGUCAGGUGUGCACUGGGGCUAUGAGGAGACCAAGACUUUUCUGGCAAUUUUGAGUGAGUCUCCUUUCUCUGAAAAGCUCCGGACUUGUCACCAGAACCGCCAGGUUUACCGGGCCAUUGCAGAGCGGCUGAGGGCAAGGGGCUUCUUGCGGACACUGGAGCAGUGUCGCUACAGAGUCAAAAACCUCCUGCGGAACUACCGGAAAGCCAAGAGCAGCCACCCACCAGGGACCUGCCCCUUCUAUGAGGAGCUGGAGGCCCUGGUGAGGGCGCGGACGGCCAUCAGAGCCACCGAUGGCCCAGGAGAGGCUGUGGUGCUCCCCAGGCUGGGGGACAGUGAUGCAGAGAUGGAUGAACAGGAGGAAGGGGGCUGGGAGCCUGAAGAGACAGCAGAAGAUUGUAAUGGUGAUGACCUGGCCACUGAUGAGUCUGUCCAGGAGCCCAGGAUUCCAGGGGGCCCAGCUCUGUUCCAGAGUCGUAUUGCAGGUGUGCACUGGGGCUACGAGGAGACCAAGGCCUUCCUGACCAUUCUCAGUGAGUCCCCAUUCUCUGAAAAGCUUCGCACGUGCCACCAGAACAGCCAGGUUUACCGGGCCAUUGCAGAGCGGCUGUGUGCACAGGGCUUCCUGCGGACACUGGAGCAAUGUCGGUACAGAUUCAAAAACCUCCUUCGAAGCUACCGGAAAGCCAAGAGCAGCCACCCACCAGGGACCUGCCCCUUCUAUGAGGAGCUGGACUCACUGAUGAGGGCACGGACUGCGGUCAGAGCCAUGGGAACCCUCAGGGAGGCAGCGAGUCUCUCUAGGUCUGGGCAGAGCAGUACUGAGGCUGACGACCAGGAGGCCUGGGAUGAGAUGGCAGAUGAAGUUGGCCUCAAAUCUCCCACCGUGUGUCCAGACACCCCAGACACUGGUUUUGAGAUGAGGCAUAAGGACGAAGACCAGAUUUCAGAGCAAGAUAUUUUUGAGGAUUUGCCUGGAGCCUUAUCAAAAUGUACUGGAGAGGAUGUUUGCCACCCUCAUGACUGGGGGCAAGACAGUGAAAAUGAAGGUGGAGGUGAAGGGCAGUGGGGAAAUCCCCCCCAGGAGCAGUGGGAAGAAUGUUCUUCUGAAGAGGACUUAGAAAAACUUAUCGACCACCAAGGCCUGUACCUGGAAGAGAAGCCCUACAAGUGUGACACGUGUGUGAAAAGCUUCAGUCGGAGCUCGCACUUCAUUGCCCACCAGCGGAUCCACACAGGCGAGAAGCCUUACAAAUGCCCUGAAUGUGGGAAAGGCUUUAGUGAUCGCUCCAACCUCAAUACCCAUCAGAGAAUCCACACAGGAGAGAAGCCCUACAGGUGCCUUGAGUGUGGGAAAAGCUUUAGCGAUCACUCCAAUCUUGUCACCCACCAGAGAAUCCACACAGGGGAAAAGCCCUAUAAAUGUGGGCAAUGUUGGAAAAGCUUCAACCAGAGCUCCAACCUCCUGAAACAUCAGAGAAUCCACGUGGGAGGCAAUCCUGAUCAUUGCUGCGAGGCAGGGGAAACCUUUGGCCAAAGCCCAUCCUUCAGUGCUCCCUGGAGGAACUCUACAGAAGAGACAUCUCUUGAACAACCUCAGAGUGCCAGCAAGAACUUGAAUUCUGGCCCACACGGCACCAGCUCAGGGGAAAAGCUGUAUCCGUGUCCUGAAUGUGGAAGAACCUUCUCUAAGAGCUCUGCCCUCAUUAGUCACCAAAGGAUCCAUACGGGAGAGAAGCCGUAUGAAUGUGCUGAAUGUGGGAAGAACUUCAGUAAGAGCUCCACGCUGGCUAACCACCAGCGAACCCACACGGGGGAGAAGCCAUACACGUGUGUGGACUGUGGGAAGGGCUUCAGUGAGCGCUCCAAGCUCAUCACGCACCAGAGAGUGCACACGGGAGAGAAACCCUACAAAUGCCUUGAGUGUGGCAAGUUCUUUCGUGACCGUUCCAACCUCAUUACUCAUCAGCGGAUUCACACGGGAGAGAAGCCUUACAAGUGCAGAGAGUGUGGGAAAUGUUUUAACCAGAGCUCCAGUCUCAUUAUUCACCAGAGAAUCCACACUGGGGAGAAGCCCUACAAGUGCACAGAGUGUGGCAAAGACUUCAACAAUAGCUCCCACUUCAGUGCCCACCGGAGAACCCACGCAGGAGGAAAAGCAUCGUAGGAGGCCCCCCGCCCCCCGUCACGGCAAAGAGAUAAACGCAUAUUGAAAUCUCCCCAGAGCGUAAGAUGUGUGCUAGGAGCUUUCCGAAUUCUUAAGCUUGGUGUAUACCCAGCCAAGUUAUCUUGGCCUAAUCCAGGUUAUUUGGAAGUGAAUUACAGAUGCUAAGGGUCUGGAUUUGAAGGCACUUUUCUUAAGUGUAAUUUGUUUUUCUCCUGUAAAAAAACCCUGUGCAACCCUCA